AUGCUUUGUGCUAUCUCUGGAGAGGCACCUCAAGUUCCCGUCGUCUCUCCCAAGAGCGGCAGCGUUUUUGAGAAGCGUCUUAUCGAGGCAUAUAUUGCCGAACAUGGCAAAGAUCCCGUGAACGGCGAAGAACUCAGCACCGAGGACCUGAUCGACGUCAAGUCGCAGCGCGUUGUCCGGCCUCGACCUCCCACUCUUACCUCCAUCCCUUCUCUUCUUAGCGUUUUCCAAGAGGAAUGGGACGCUCUUGCUCUUGAAACAUACACUCUACAGCAAAACCUGGCACAGACGAGGCGCGAGCUUAGCUCCGCGCUCUAUCAGCAUGAUGCCGCCGUGCGAAGAGAUGAGGCCCGCGAGGCGCUUUCUAACGUUUCUGUUGGAGCCACUCGCUCCGCCGGCGCUGGUGAUGCAAUGCAGGUGGACUCUACGGGCUUGCCCCAGGCAGUAUUGGAGCGGGUCGAGAACACACAGGCAGCACUUUCUGCUACUCGGCGCAAGCGUACAGUUCCCCAAGGCUGGGCCUCAGCUGAAGCUAUCUCCACAUUCAAGCCAACUGAGUCCUCCGAUCCUCUUUACCCUGGUGGCCGCGCUCUGUCUGUCAACUCAACCGGUGACUUGGCUCUUGUUGGUGGUGUCGAUGGUGUGGUUGGUGUUUACUCUCUUUCUCAAAAGAGUGUGGUGCAGACUUUGAAGACAGACGGACCUGUCACUGAUGCGACAUGGGCUGGCGACAAGGCUGUUGUUGGAUCCUCCACCGGAUCUGUCAAGGUCUUUGAGAACGGGGCUGAAGUUGCUAGCUUUAACUCCCACGCUGGUGAAGUUACAGCCGUGACUGUGCACGCCACUGGUGAUAUCGUUGCCUCUGUCGGCGUUGAUAAGAGCUACGUUCUUUACGACUUGGCUACAAACACUGUGGCUUCUCAAAUCUUUACUGAUGCAGCUCUGUUGUCUGUCAACUUCCACCCAGAUGGUCACUUGAUCGCCGCUGGUGGUGCAGAUGGGCAAAUCAAGAUCUUCGACGUUAAGACCGGCGCCGCAGCCGCGGACUAUGCGAUGUCAGGCCCAGUUAAGUGCUUGUUCUUUUCUGAGAACGGUACCUUCCUGGCCGCAGUGGCCGACAAAUCAACUACAGUCUCCAUUUGGGAUCUGCGCACCUCCAAGGAGACCAAGGUGCUGGAUACUGGCAGCCAGAUCAGUUCUAUCUUCUGGGAUUACACUGGUCAAUAUCUCUUGACCGGUGGACCCAGCGGUGUCACCAUUCAGCAGUUCACCAAGUCCUCCAAGUCUUGGUCAGAGCCCUUGCGGAGUGCCGUUCCCGCUACUUCCGUGGCAUGGGGAUCAGCUGCCCAAAGUGUUGUCGCAUUGAAUGAGGCGGGUGCAGUCACAGUGUUGGCGGCACAGUCAUGA